CAGAUUCCAACUAGGGUUUAUUCGGUUGCAGUAAAGUAAAGUUUAGAAAGAUGCCGUCUAUGGAGUUUAUGAAACCCUUAGGAAAAGGCGCGUAUGGUUCAGUCGAUCUCAUGAGAAUCACAAAACCAGACGACGGCUCGGAACCAUGCUACCAUGCCGUGAAAAGCUCCUACGCUCACGACUACGAGUCUCUCCGCAAAGAGUUUCGGAUACUUUCCAAACUCAGAAACUGCCCGAGAAUCGUGCAAACCCUAGGGUCAUCUCUCGAGAGAGGUGUCGAUGAUUAUGGAGUCAGAGUUUACAAGAUGUCGAUGGAGUACGCAGCUGGUGGGAGUUUAGCUUCUUUCAUGGAAACAAGAUCGUUGCGCGACUCGAUGAUCAGAGACUUCACUCUCAUGAUUCUUCAAGGACUUGUCUCUAUUCAUAGUCGCGGUUACGUCCAUUGCGAUCUCAAACCGGAGAAUCUCCUUUUGUUUCCACGUCAUGAGAGUUUUGGUGGCGGCUUGAAGUCUACGUAUGAGUUGAAGAUAUGUGAUUUUGGGAUGUCCACGAAAGCUGGAGAGGAGUCAGAGUUUUGGGAGUUUGAUUCUCCCUUCUUGGGAACGCCUCUUUACAUGUCGCCGGAAUCUGUUCAGGACGGCGUCGCGGAGAGGGCGUUGGAUCUGUGGUCGCUAGGCUGCGUUGUUCUGGAGAUGUACACCGGAGAAGGGCCAUGGCCGUUUGCAGAUUCAAAGGAUCUUUUGCCUGAACUGUUGAGUGGAAACGGGCCGGAGAUUCCACAGUCUCUUCCUUGGGAAGCAAGGCAGUUUCUAAAGACGUGUUUGGCAAGGAAUCCAGAUGAGAGAGGAAGCGCUGAGGAGUUGUUGAAGCAUCCGUUUCUUCGGAAUGUUUCUGAUGAUCAGAAGAAAGUGAUGGUUACCGGCGCCGCGGGAAGUAGGAGAGAACCGGCGGUUGUGCUUGAAUCUAAGGAUGCCAAAAAGAAGCCUUUAAGAGUGAAGAUUAUUCCACCAAAGCCCUUGCAGUUUAAGAAAGUUUCUCAUAGACCCUUGAGGUUGAAGAUUAUACCUCCAAAACCCCCAGGAUGCAAGCUCAUACAGGUUUAGUAGAGUGUGUGGGUAUUAGUCUUUGUUGCUUGAUUGAGA